UGUUGAUUAAAUACAAGUUGGAAGGCAGGUUCAUUUAGCCAAGGAGGGAGUGAAAUCAUGCAGCCUUUGGACUCAGAGAGAGCUUUAAUUAAGGUCAGCCACUGUGACAAAGACAUUUUUGGUUCCUUUGUUCCUGAGAACUGCCCAUUGUGCGGGCAGAGGCUGAUUUACAGAAGUCUGGAAGACGCGCCUGUCAGUAUCCCUAGCCCAUUUGUUAAUGGACACCGAGAAAGAUGUUCUUUUUUACUGAAGCCCACUACAGGAACAUUUCUAAGAGAUUAUGAUGGAGAUUCUGACCUUCAUGUUGGAAUAACCAAUACUGAUGGUUUGGUGUACAAUUACAAUGAAACUGGUAUUACCGUAGCUGAAUAUGGAUGGGAACAAUGUGUGAGCAUUCCACUCAUGCAGCCUGAUAUGUAUGGGCUCCUUAAACAAUGGGAUACUUACCUAGAACAAUUUUCAGCAGCAGAAAUUUGGCUUCCACACAGGUAUGAAGAAUGUUUCCAUAAUUGUUACACUUAUGCACUGACAUUUAUUAAUUGUGUGCUGAAUGCCCAAAAACAACAGCAAAUGAAUAAAAAUGAAUUUACAGAGAAGUUUGUAAUUCCACGAACAAGAAAAGCUUCCAGAUAUAUCACUAUCUACAAGGAAAUGUGCAAGAAUGGAUUUUAUGUUGUUGACCAUCGUGCUCAAAAAGGCAGUCCUUUUACAAAUGCCAUUUGACUCCAGAAUGAAGCACUUAUUGACAGUAAAUAAAACUAAAACCAUCAGGUUAAGACAUAA